CCACACUGAAACGCUCAAUUCCGAAAAUGAGGCGCGCAAUAAUCCCUGCUGAACUGACAAGAGCACCUCUUAGUCGAAUUGCUUUGCGACAUGGCGCCCCGAACAUCUUGCGCUCGGCAGGCGGAGCUAUGCCGCUCCCGAGUCGAGUUCCGCGGACGCUAACCCGGACGUAUGCGCAGAACCCUCCAGGCGGGAUGGGGAAGGGAGGGUUUCCGGGAUUCAUGAUGCAGCCGCAGCACCAGAAGGGGGACGCUUUGAAGGAAUACAGCGUGGAUUUGACGGAGAUGGCGAGGAAUGGGAAGCUGGACCCAACAAUUGGUCGUGACGAAGAGAUCCGACGCACGAUACAGAUCUUGUCUCGAAGGACCAAAUCCAACCCAGUGUUGAUUGGCCCCCCUGGUGUUGGGAAGACCGCGAUCUUGGAAGGCCUCGCGAGCAGAAUAGUAGCGAAGGAGGUGCCAGAAUCUCUGCAAAACAAGCGAGUCUUGUCGAUCGACCUAUCGGCUAUUAUGGCUGGGUCCGGUAUUCGUGGACAGUUCGAGGAGAAGUUCAAGGCCCUGAUACGGGACAUUGAGGAAGAGAGCGGCAACGUCAUCUGUUUCAUCGACGAAGUUCAUACCUUGUUCAACCUUGGAAAAGCCGAAGGAAGUAUUGACGCUGGUCAAAUGAUCAAGCCCGCCCUUGCUCGGGGUCUCCAGCUUGUCGGCGCUACUACUCCUGAUGAGUACCGGAAGACCAUCGAGAAGGAUGCCGCCCUCGAACGACGGUUCCAGCCGGUUACUAUUGACGAGCCUACAGUGGAGACUACGAUCUCGAUCUUGCGUGGACUGAAGCCUCGCUAUGAAGUGCACCACGGAGUCGAGAUUUCCGACGCCGCGCUUGUCACCGCUGCCGUGUAUAGUGCACGAUACAUCUCCGACCGGUUCCUGCCUGACAAGGCCAUCGACCUCGUGGACGAGGCUGCAUCUGCACUUCGGCUUGCGCAGGAGUCCAAACCGGAUGAGCUCGAGAGACUGGAUCGCGAGAUCGUCACUCUGCAGAUCGAGCUGGAGAGUCUGAAGAACGAGUCGGACACUUUCAGCUUGGAACGCAAGGCUGAAGUUGAAGAGACCCUGAAGAAAAAGAAGGAAGAGUCGGAGCAGCUGACUGCUAUCUGGCAAGCUGAACGCGCUCGUCUUGAUAGAAUCAAGGACAUCAAGGAGCGCCUGGAAGAAGCCAAGUAUGAACUCGAAGUUGCCCAGCGACAGGGCGAGUACGAGAAGGCCAGUCGGCUGCGCUUCGGAACUAUCCCUGAACUGGAGAGACAGCUUCCGAAGGAGAGUGAGAUGGCCGAGGAGAACCAGGAAUCACCUCUUGCCAUGCUGCAUGACCGAGUCACGUCCAAUGAUAUUGCCAGGGUCGUGGCGAAGGCUACCGGUAUACCUGUACAGAAUCUCUUGAAGGGCGAGAGGGACAAGUUGAUCCAUAUGGAGGAUGCACUCCGCCAGAGGGUAGUUGGUCAAGACCAUGUGGUGGCUGCUGUUAGCGACGCCGUGAGAUUGUCCCGUGCUGGCCUCCAACCUCCGAAUAGGCCAGUCGCGUCCUUCCUAUUCUUGGGCCCAACUGGUGUCGGAAAGACUGAAUUAUGCAAGGCUCUCGCUGCCUUCCUCUUCAAUGACGAGCAACGCGGGCUGAUCAACAUCAAUAUGUCGGAGUAUCAUGAUCGCCAUACCAUGUCCCGCCUUAUCGGUGCUGCACCUGGAUACGUUGGGUUCGAAGAAGGCGGUCAACUGACUGAGGCUGUUCGUAGAAAGCCGUAUGCGGUCGUUCUGCUCGAUGAACUGGAGAAGGCACAUAAGGAUGUCGCCAUGAUCUUAUUGCAAAUUUUGGACGAGGGUAGCAUCACGGACAGUCAAGGGAGGAAAGUCGACUUCAAGAAUACCAUCAUCUGCUUGACCAGCAAUCUCGGUAGCGACAUCCUUGCACACCCAUCGGCAUCUGACAGUAAUGGCGUAGUCACGCAGCAGGCAAGAGAUGAAGUACUCGAACGUACAUCCGAGUACUUCCCGCCCGAGCUGCUAAACCGGCUGGAUUCCAUGCUCGUCUUCAAUAAGCUGUCAAGGCAGUCUAUUCUUGAGGUUGUAUCACUACGCCUGAAAGACGUUGCAGACCGGCUUAAGAAUCGCCGUAUAACUUUGGAUGUCGAUGAAGUGGCCCGCGAGUGGCUUGCAAAGCAGGGUUAUAGCGACGUGUACGGUGCAAGGGCCAUUGGCCGCGUCGUUCGAACCCAAGUGCUAUUCCCGUUGGCCCAGAAACUGCUGAACGGAACAAUCAGAGAGGGGGAUGUAGUCACCAUCAGGGCCAGUGCUGAUGGGUCUGCUCUGAAUAUCAAAGAUAACCAUGAGCCCGAUGCAUACGUUGGCUCGUCGACACCGGUAUCUGGUGUAACAGGCAAUUAAUCGUUGUAUUCAUAGUGCAUACACGGCAUACAUCUACAGUAACUGAUCCCUAAUCUGACAACCCCAACUCAUGUAUGAAUAUGCGUAAUGUAUAAUUCAAUGUUUAAUGUAAAUUGUCCUUGGAGGAUUCACGCUGUGGUAGGGUGGUGUCUGGAGAAUCGUACUUCGUACCACCGCGAUUGCCUUUGGGGCGUCUGUCCUUACGAGGAUUGCCUUCAGGCCCCGCUGCCGACGAAUUAGGCUGCUCCGCUCCUUUGGUCUUCGGUUUAGGCUUUCGCGGCUUGGACUUCUUACGAUCAGGGCCCAGAGCAGACGAGAGACCCUGCAUCUCGAGCUUGACGCGUUCUUCCUCAGCUGCCCACCACUUCAAGAAGUCCUCUUCUUGUUGUCGCGACCGUUCCUCUUCCUGUAUAUCACGUAGUGUCUGCUUCGCUUUGCCAGUUACCACACUUUGGUCCAGCUGCAUCUGCUGAAUGGCCGCGAAAGAAAGCACGGAAGGCGUGGGAUCAGGGUGUACGACACGUUCCACAGGAGGUGCAGACCAGGCUGGCGUACCGGAAGCGCGUCGUGGAGUACUCUUCGACUCCCUGGAGGUUGGCAUCCGAGACGGCGUAUAUACAGGACCCAGUGAUGACUGCGGACCUUGUGAAGCAGGCGGCAGUACCUGGGUACGCGUGCUUGGAGGGCGAGGAGCGUUUUCCC